AUGACGGAAAACGAAAAGUUAUUACAAUUGUUGGCUGAUCAAACGGUUGUUUUGCAAGAAUUAGCGAAACAAAUUGCGGUUAACAAACUGGAUAACGACGCUCUACAAACGAAUGCUGCACAACGAUCCAUGGAUUUAUUGGCAAAUUCGCUUACCAGUUACAUCCAUGAUCCACUCAGCAAAUUUACAUUCAGUACGUGGUAUGCUCGUCAUGAGGACGUAUUUACGGUUGAUGCAAAAAACCUUGACGAUGCGGCUAAGGUACGAUUAUUGUUGCGUAAAUUGGACGAGGAUUCACAUUCUAAGUACGUGAAUUUCAUUCUGCCGAAAAAAUCAAACGAAAAUUCAUUGGAAGAGACAGUAAAGAUAUUAAAGCGCAUGUUCGGUGAACCGGAAUCAUUGUUUAGCAUCCGCUACAAUUGCAUGAAAUUGGUAAAGAAAUCAUCCGACGACUUUAUUGCUUUCGCCAGUAUCGUUAACAAGGAAUGUGAACGCUUCGAUUUUGCCAAAUUGACAUCUGAUCAGUUCAAAUGUCUGAUUUUUAUUUGUGGACUGCCGACAUGUGACAAAGAGUUUCGUACUCGUUUACUGAUGAAAUUGGAAUCAGAUGCAGCCUUGACCUUGGCUACGUUAACUGUCGAAUGCAAACGUUUGAUGGAUCUCAAAUUGGAUGCCGAGCUGAUUGCAAAAACUCCAUCGGGCACAUCCACGCCAUAUGUCAAGCAGAUCAACGAUAAAAGUAAGAAAUCACCUAAAACCGUUGACAAAGCAUCGUACAGCAAAUCACCUGCUCAAGAUUCAUCGAAAAAAGUACCGUAUCGUCCGUGCUGGCUGUGUGGAGCAAAACAUUUCGUCAAGGAAUGUACAUAUGUUAAACACCUUUGUCGUGAUUGCAACAAGAUUGGACACAAGGAAGGUUUUUGUGUUAUCUCGCAACAAAAAAAUCAGAGUCCGAACAAAGGAACGUCAUCGUCCAAACAAUGCAAACCAAUUUUCACUGUUUCUAAAGUGGAUCAUACGGCAAAAAGGAAAUACAUCGUUGUACUCAUCAACGGAUGUCCCAUACGACUUCAAGUGGAUACGGCAUCCGACGUUACUAUCAUCUCACGUGAGAACUACAAGAAAUUGGGUCAUCCUUCAGCGAUUCAUUGCACCGAACUAGCUCAAACUGCAUCUGGUGGUCCGCUUUCGCUGGAAAUUGAAUUUGAAUGCAAAAUCUUAUUCAAUGACGUUGACACUACUGGCAUUUGCUACGCGUCUCCGAUGCGCACGAUUUAA